UUAUUACUUCACUGACACUUGUUUUGGGGUUUGAGUUUUGACCUACGAACAGGUGUCAUGUGACAAAAUGGUUCUCUGAGAAUGUUUCGCAAGUUUGAAACUUGGUUCGAAAGUGUGGUGUCAACUGUCAAAUAGGAUUUUAAUACAAUUGAUGUGGACUAAAAUACGAUAAUGUUUGCAACCGUAGCAUCAGCAGCAAGUCUUUCUAGUCAAGAUUUGAGCAAAUUUACAAGUGGACAAUCUGUUCGUCCUGCAAGACACGUCACAAUACCUGAAAAAGAUACGAAAAUGAAUCAGACAACUGUAUCGAUACCAACAUCACCAAACAGGUUGAAACCAAAGGAAAAGCUUAUUGGAUUCUAUGAUAGCUUACUGCAGGGUCAUGAUCCAGGUGUUUCAAAUUUUAAUUUUUGGCACGAGUUCUUCUUGUUGAAGGUUAAUGCAGAAUAUUUGGAAGGCUUGAUAGAAAAAAUGACUCCGGGUGAACUUAUGGCUGUGAAGGCAAAUAUCAAUCUUCUGUUUGCACAAUGUUGUGUUGCACUUCAAGAUGAUUAUCUAUUAAAGAUGGUCAAUGCUCUGCAGACAUUGUGCACUUUGGUUCGUGGCAUUUAUAAUAAAAAAAUGACUGAUUGUGGAUUUGACAUCAUCAAUCUUCUUGUUGGCUUUGAUGAAGCUGAGUCAGAAAUGAAGGCACUUAUUGAAAAUAUCAAUGCCAUAGUUGUGGGAGAAUCACCAGUUAGUCUUAAGAAUCUCUCCUUAAAGCUUCUCCUUAUACUACUGACUGCAACGGACAACGUUAGUCAAAAUACAAUCGUGGAAUAUCUUAUGAUAAACAGCGUAUUUGAAUCAAUUGUAAAGAUUCUCGCUAGUCCCGUAGGUCGACAACAACAAGGAUACGAAGCCAUCAUGUUGCUUACUUUACUUGUGAACUACAGAAAAUACGAGGCAUCAAAUCCCUACAUUGUAAAGUUGUCUAUACUCGACGACGACGUUGCCCUUAACGGUUUGGGUUGUGUCAUAUCGGAUGUUUUGACCGAAUUUAACAGAAAGUACCGCGAAAAGACUGAGCAACCUAGUGGCGGAAUUUUAUCUAAUAUAACGUCCAUGGUCGGUAGUAUUUUUCUCUCAGAACAAACACAUACGUUGGACAUUGGUGUAAACAGCAUGGUUUUGCUUGCUCUUUACGAAGCUGUUCAUCUUAAUCGACAUUUUUUUACAGUUCUGAGUCACAUCACUACUCCAAAUAUGCACUCAGUCACUCCACCCUUAUCACCAACGUCUCCUAUACCUGUCGUUGAUCGACCAACACAAAUUCAUAUUCACGAUGAAUCAGCUGGUCAAGAGACUUCAAAUUUGCUUGUGACUUUUCUCACCUAUACUUCCAUUGUUCUAGUCAAUAUAAGAGGUGACGAGGGUGCCGGUCAUGCGAAGUUAUGCUUCAUUAUUUUGACUUGUAUUGCAGAGGACCAGUAUGCAAACGCUUUUUUGCACGAUAUUAACAUCACGUUUUCUGUACCCUUAUAUAAAGUGCAUAUGCAUCAUAGAACUGGUUAUGAUGACAGAUCAAGUCCUUCACGACCAUUGGCUUGUGCCUUGUUAGAUUUGAUUGUUGAAUUUCUUGUCGGUCACAUGACGAAGAAUCUUCAAACUGAUUUGUACAGUAAAGCGUUUGGUAUUAUUCAUCGGAUACUUUGCUAUCAGAAACGAUGUCGUGUACGAUUAUCUUACUCGUGGAAUUGCCUAUGGACAGCUAUGAUGAACUUUCUCAAAUUUCUUUUGAUGAACGAAACAACACUCUUACCUAAAGUCAACAUCUUUCAACUAGGUUCAAAGGUUGUAAGUAUCUUCAAUCUGUUUAUUACGUACGGUGACACAUUUCUUCCCAGUCCCUCUUGCUACGAUGAAUUGUACUAUGAAAUCAUACGAGUACAUCAGAUAUUUGAUAACUUAUACUCCAUGGCUCUUCGUCAUUCAUCGUCUGCUAAUGCAAACGAUAGUAAACACAACAAACAAUCUGCAAAUAGAUUGGCUGGAAGUUUAGUCAAUAUUCGAGCAAUAAUUCAUCAUUUCUCUCCGAAGGUUGACUCGUGGGCUGCCGUAAAUCAUUUGUCGUCUUUAACAUCUGAACAGGUGCUGGAUGUGAUUCGUGGAAACUACGACACACUUACGCUUAAACUACAAGAAAAUCUUGAUAACUACGAGAAAUACGUGGAAAAACCAAAGGAAUCUUCAUUCUUCACUCAAUUGGUGCGUAGUAUAACUGCUGAUGUAAGGAAGAGUAUUGCUGUCACAAAUUUGAAACAGUUCACACUGCUACAGGAAUUUUCAUCUAUCCGAUGACAACCAAUGCACAGAUGAUAAGAAAGACAAUCUGACUAUGCAAAGUAUGAUUUAAAACAUUGGAUUACCAUGGUCUUUGCUCCUCCAGUAAAUCAGGAAUUAUUGUGACCAAUGCAAUAUAAAUAAAACCACCCGAUGUAAAUGGUAAAAUGAAACUGACACCACAUUCUAUAAUUAAUGAAAAUGACAUUAUGUAAAUAGAUUUUUUAGUGAAAACAACACAUGGUGUAUUCAAUAAAACUUACGAGUGCCAUUUGAAAACAAA